CUUUGUUGACAAACAAAAUAGUGACUCCGCCAAUUUAAUUUGUAAUUUUAGCAGUGAAAUCCUGCCCAAAUCAAUGUGAAAACUAUGGAGGGUCUCUGCAGAACUUGCCUGACCGCCUUGGGAGCGGAAUGCUCAGCUUUGCCGGUGUUCAACAAGACGGAAACGGGAGACACGAUUGCGGCCCUGUUGGGAAAAUAUUGCUGUUUAGAGAUAACAGAUUCCGAUCCACUACCCAAGCAAAUAUGCUCGCCAUGCUUCAGCGAACUGAUUGCGACCAUAAAUUUUCGGCAGAAAUGUGCUAAUUCAGAGCAAAGUCUACUUCAAAUGACGGAUGACAAACAAACUGUUCUAAUUGCCGCAGACGAUAGCGAACCCGUUGAAUACAAACCACCUGCGUUUGUGGAAGUGUUGGAAAAUCAUGACGCGACUAGCUGUUCAUUGCCCAUCGAGAAUGAGACAAAUGAAGAGCCGUCCUCGGAUUGCUACACCAUGAUCGAAAUGAUGAGCUUUCGUGUUGCUUAUGUUCGGGAAUUUUGUACAGCCAGGAAGAUCAUCGCGAUCAUAUCGAGCAGGCCCAUAAAGUCACGUUUCCAUGUGAUACUACUUCAUUUCGAGCUUCAUUUUACGUGCUUCAUCUGUUCAAAUCCUUCGACAACUUGGAACAGUUGGGAGGCCCAUCAAGGAAGAAGUUUUAUGGAACUGUUUCAAUGCAAUAACUGCGAAGACAUUUACGAAACGGUUGAAACAUGUGUUCAACAUUAUGAGCAUAAUCAUUCCAAUGAACUGAUAGACCAACUCAAUGUGGAAGAAGUGGCCCCUGAACCUGUGACAGUUGUAUCUGGUAGAAAAGGCGAAUCCAGCAGCACAACCAAAGGAACGCUAUUGCUGCGUAACUCAUUGCCAUGAUGUGUUUCCAGAUGAGAAGGCAUUGAUAGUUUCACGCUUUGGAAAAGCAUGCUCACAAGCUGAAGUACAAUCAAGAACGUCACGAUGCUCAAAGCAAACCUCAUACAUGCAAUAUAUGCUUUCGAUCGUUUGGUUCGUUAAAGAAUUUGAAAGUCCACCAAUUCGUUCGUGCUAAUAAUGUGGAUUGGCAAACACUUUCUCAUGUAUCCACUGUCCAUUUCGCACAGUGAGUCGUAGUCUACUGACAGUGCACGAUCGCUCGAAGCACAGUGGAGAGCGACCUUUCAAGUGCAGUCACUGCGAAAAGAGAUUCUUCAGUGAAAUGCAUCUCAAGAACCAUUUGGUAUUGCAUUUCGCAAGAUCGUCCAUUCCAGUGUUCAUUUUGCGAUAGACAUUUAGCAGAAAACGCAACAUGGAGGAACACAUUCGUUCAUGCCAUUCGGAGGAAAAACAUUCAAGUGUGAUGCUUGCCCAGCCCGCUUCAAAGUUUUUCCCAGCAUUUUACGUAUUCACGCCAGGAUUCACUCCGGAGAGAAACCGUACAAAUGUUCGUACUGCGACAACAGCUACUAUCACAUAUCGGAUCGGAAGCGUCACGAGAUGUCCACACUGGAGAGAAGCCGCACAAGUGCAGCGUCUGCCAUGCAGCCUUUACCAGGAAACGAACCCUCACGAUCCACGAGCGAACGCACUCAGGCGAACGUCCCUACUGUUGCGCCAUCUGUGGGAGGGUUUUCUGCCAGAACGCGACGCUCAAAAAGCACAUGGAACGACACGUGAAGGUGAGAUUCUGCUGGCGUCCGAACUGGUGGACGAGACCGAUGAGUCUAUACCGUUCAAAUGACUGAAUGAAGGUCUAUGGGUUGAUACGCUAGGAUCUAAUAAAAAUUGAUAUGUGAAAAA